AGUUACCAGCCGGCCUCGGUUUGCACAAGUCUGUAAAAACACGCGCCAGGCCGGGUGGGUUGGGAUUGGCAAACGCGCGCGACCCUCUUCUUCCCCCCAUUACUAGACGGAAAGCCGUCCCGCGUCACCCGUUGUUGGGAUUCUUUGUGUACAACAUGCAGUUAGCAGUUAGUCAACGUUGAGCCGCGCAUAUGAUCGGAUGCGUAUCGUUUCAGCUAGACGUUAUAGUUCCACUGCCAAGCCGUAGCCCCGUGUUCAGUUAUAGUGGUUGGUGCAAUUUUGAACGGAGUGUGGGAAGAAAUCGUAGACCAGGACCGGCAAACCCGAAUAGAUCAUAGUGAAGUGAAGUUGGAGUUUGGGUGUUUCGUUGUCACGCCGCCGUAUGGAUGGGACUUUAGAGUGUUGAGCAGCUUCAGUACUAGUGGAUAAUUGCGGCCCCAAAAACCGCAAGCUGCACACUUCCCGUUGAUUGUGGAGUGUGUUUGUGGUGCCGCCUUUCGUUGAGAUCAGCGACCGGUGAAGUUCAGUGCAGUUGGGGUAUCUACGGAUCGAAGAAGAGUGAAGAAUCAAAUAAUAAGCGGCCUAAUAAGUUUGGUCCAAAUUCUGAAGAAUUGUGCAAGUCUCGGCUUACGUUCCACGAACAAGCUUGGUUCGGGGAAAAAAAGAGUGAAUAAAUCAGACAAAAAGCCCACGCCGGCAGUUAGUGUGCUUCUCUGUUUCCCCCUUUUAUUGGUUCCGUUGUUGGAUUAUUAGGUUCCAGCGUCGUCGUCUGUCUGGAGUGGCCGUCACGUUUGGGAGUUACAAAAUCUGCACCGAUGGCUCCCACCACUGAAAUUGAGGAUAGCGGGUCGCGGGACGAUUGUACCGAGCAGCCAGAGUCAUUCGAGGACACCAGUCGCACAUCUGGGUCUAUGGGUUCGACGACAUCGGAACGGGAAUCCGAACGCUGUCUGGUCGUACAAUCUCCGCUAAGCUCUACCGCGUCCAGUGGAAUCGGUGCUAGUUCAAGUUUUUCGGUGAUAAAUUAUGUUGGUAAAGCACAGAAGCAAUCGUCUCACAGAUCGUCGGUGGUGCGCAGCAGAACUCCGUAUGACCGACAAACACCAGCUCAGCCCAGUCGAGUAGAAUCGAUAGACGAAACCACAUGCUCUUCCAUAGCGUCUUCGGUGGACUGUUGUUCCAUGGUCGCAGAUUCGGUCUCCGUAGAGGAUGUAAAUGACAUGGCGGAACUGGACGACUGCAGUCGAUCCAGCAGCGACCAGCAAGCACUAGCACAACAGCAGUUGCAGCUAGCGCAGCCCCGUAUUCAUCACGGACCACGAAGUCACCGAUCGAUGAGUGUGUCGUCCAGUGGGUGUUCCAGUUCAAUGGACGAAAGAAAUUGCGACUUUUCAUCGCUGGACAGUUGUCGGUGUACAUCGCUUGGCAUUUCCGAUUUCGACGACGACGGUUUCCGCGAAGACGGCAGUGUAUCUUCCAUGUACUCAGUAUUUUCCUCUCCACGGCCAUACCAUUUGCAUCAUCAGCUUCACCAUAACCAUCAGAACGUUCCGCGCCACCCCAACAACACCAAGGGGCUGUUCGAUAUCGCACUGAAAACCGUCAAGCUCAUCCGGCGCAAUCAAGAGCUUCAGAUGCGGUUGGCGCAGCUUCAGCGCGAGACCAAUGCCUUCAUCGAGUCUGUGAUGGCGAAUCCGGAGAAUGAAUCCUUGCGGAAUCAUAUCCACGCGGGUGGUGCUAUCCGGGCAGUUACUCCGGGGGUAGUGGUCCAGAAGUGAGGUGGCAUCGACAUAUGUACGUAUGCCGAAAUGAAGGUGCCCCAAGAAGUCAGCGAUCUCAAUCAUCAUGCUUGAAUAGUUUGCUUUUGUUUGUUCGCAUAGUUUUGCACAAAACGUGCACCAAUUAGAGAGUCUGAGUAGAUUCCAAUGACUAGGUAUCGUUUUCACCUUGUUUCAGUAUGGAACAAUACGAAGCGCAUCAAAACUGCUAAUAUGAGAUAUCAUUUGGUUGUUCACAAACUAUUAGUAUUGGUAAGAUUUUUCGUGUCUUUUUUUAAAUCGUGGUCGACUGCUAGCAGCGUCAAAAGCGUGCGAAUGGUCCUUAUUUAUUACCACAAGCUUUUGCAGCUUUGGAGCUAUUGUUCUGAGAACAACAAUCACAAUCAUAUUUAUAACUGUCUAACAACAGUAUAGAUGUAGUACGACAACCGAAGGUUGCAUUAGAAAACGCUUAAAAUCACAAAACAAUUUGCAACAAAAAAACUGAAGAAAACUUAACAAGCAAUUAUUCGUGACACUUUCAUCAACCUGCAUUUAUGUCGUGUGCGGAUAGGAAAAACAUCAAUCUUACCGUGCGAGAUGCUUCUCGGUGUUUCUAUGAAACUUUAAAUGGAAAAUAUUAUUUUUCUAAAAUCUUAACUCAUUAGUGAUAGGUGACUUUCACACUAAAUUGGAGCAAAAUUCAUAUAUCAGACGUAAAAUAUUAGCCAUUAAGACUUACUAUUGAGUAGCGUUAAGAAACGUGAGAGGUACUGAAAUAAAAAUCUCAACUUAUUAAAACAAA